AUGGAUUUCAAAAAUCCAUGGGAAGAUUUUAUUUUCGACCAGACAGUCGAUAAUAUUAAUGAAUCCUCUGACUGUUUUAACAAUAUAAAACUGAGCAACUUUCCCUUUCUUAAAAGUCAAUUAUCCUCCAUUGACUAUCUCAUAAAGUGUGAAAUAUGCAAUGUUAUGCUUCUUCCGGAGAGCAUUUCUUUGCAUUAUGACGACCGGCACUCAGAGCCUUCAAAGUUUGUUAGUUCCGCUGUAUUGCCUUACGAAGCUGUUUCUUGGUGUGAAUGUCAGGCUGAAAUUGAUUCCAAAAAGGAUCGGACUUCCAAACGCACUAAGGUCGCACCUCUCAAACGUCCUAAACGCAGUACGCCAAACUCUUUAGACGCCACGCCAUACUCAGUUAAAGUGAGCAUAUCGAAAACGGUUAUUACAUGUGGAGAGGUUGAAAAGACUAGUCAUGAGGAACUUAGAGAACCGGUUUUGUUGAAAUUAGCAAAGUCAGAUGGAAAAAUAUCUCAAAGUGAGGAAGUGUCCAAGAAGCCUUUGAAAAAACCCACAGAAAGUAAACCUAAUGAGCGAUCUGUGUGGUCCGUUGUUUGUCCUAGAGAGCAUUCUUCUGGUAAUUUUUAUGAACUUACUUCCAAAAGUCAGGUUGAGGAAAGUCGACACCUGGGGAAAGAUAUGUUUGAAUGUCGGUCAAGUUUUAAUCAUUCUAAUGAUUCUGGCAUUGGAUCUCACGCUAAUUCAGUUUUUCGCUCUUCGUCAUAUCCCCCGACACCUUCAUUGUCUCCACAUCUUCCAAGUUCCAGUUCAUCAAAUGUUUCUGAUGACACGACAUUUGGUUUCAACCAGUUCCGUUCUGAGGUUGCGAAUCGACCUGUUUCACGCUCAUCUCACUCUAGUUCUAGCAGUGGAAUCGGUAUUUCUGAUCAGCAUAAUACAGAUUCUAGUAUUACUAUCCCAACAACAAUUUUCAAUGUAAAUAGUACAAAAGCAGUCACUUCAUUUCCUUUAUCAGACGUAAAAUCAACUUCCAAAUGCAAAGUCAAGUGCAAGCUUUCGACGGUUUGUCUUCGUAACAACGUCCCUCUAGGUUCCACUUCCUCUCAACCGAUGUUCCCGGGUGAAGCAUUGACUAAAGUGCAUCCCAGUAGGGAAGCAGAGUCAGCUGUGUAUCAUCUAAAAAACAAUCGUCAGGAAUUUGAUAGUAAGUUAAUUAAUAGUGAGUUGAGGCGGAAUGGUUUUCAUAGCUGGAUUACUGGUGAACGACCGACGUCAUCAGAUGCCACACACAAGGCCGAUAACGUCAGACGUUUAUUGGCAUUUCAGCGGCUAUCAACCCCAAGAAAUCAAACAAUUCUAUUGCAACAAGCCCCUAGACAGAUAAAGAGUGUGCAUUUAGCGCCUUCGUUCAUCUCACAAUAUUAUCAAACAGAAAACUUGGAAGGUAAUGAAGCUUCGACUUCGAGUGACACUAAUCGAUUUGUCCAACCAAACAUUUUAAUACAACCAGAAAAGUCCUCAAAACUAGAUGUGGUGAAUGAUGGUUCAUCUCGGAUUAACUGGCCUCCAGAAUCUUUGAUUUCUGGUCCCUCUGGCAAUAUGGCUAGGAGUACUGGCGAAUUACAAGAAUUCUUGGAAGAGCUAGAGGAUACAUUUGAUCCUCUUACUCAGUGUGGCUGCUUGGAAAUGGACGAUAUCAAGUGUAAAAAUUCUAUUUUAUGUACAGUACAUACAAUUGAGGAGAAACGCAGGGUCCCCCGUCAACAUGAUUUACGCCUUCUUAUGCGUGAAGCAAGGAAAAAACAACAAAUCUUAAGACAAGUACCAAACACUCCCUGUCAACAGUUUCCAUGGGCUGUACAAACUUCUGGUUCACCUAAUACAGUCAUUGACCUCACUGAUGAAUUUAGCAAUAAUGAAAGUUUCUGUGAAACCCCAGGAGUGUUAACUUAUCAAACACCUCGAGUUCCAAAUCAUUCACAGCUAUUGCGUCAUAAUACGACGUUUUCUGCACAUGAUACACAAGUUAGGUGUCCAAUAUAUCCCAACGCACUUAACUCUAAUGGUCCUAUCGAUUUGAGAUAUGUGUCAAACAAACUAACAGCUAGAUUACAUCAACGAAAUAAAACAGUUGUCAUCGCCCAGCCAUGUGCUAUUGACAUAAGACCACAAACAGAAUCUUUUUUGUCUUACUCACCUCAAACCGCGUCUAUCAACUCCAAUCUUGAUAUGCAUCACUUUCAAUUUAAUCCUAUGGGAUCAGGAACAACACAAAUGGGAGAAUGUUUUGGUGAAUCCAACACACCCAAUAUUCUAAUGUAUCCUAAUCGUAAACAAACAACUGGUUAUUCAUCAACCUCUUAUUCGAAUACUAGGUUGAUAAAUGAACCUCAGUAUGUUGCUCAAAGUCAUUGUUUGUCCAAUUGUCAACCUGCACAACCUUGGGCUAAUCGAUUGAGCUGUUAUCCCAUUGAAGGAUCUGCCGAUACAACCAUCAAUUUGGAUAAACUUAUCACUAACGAAGAUUUGUGCUCAGAAGAACAUUACAAUGAUUCUUCCCAUGAUAUAAAUUUACUUCGAAAAGUAAAUGUUCCGUUUGUUGAUGAAACAACUAAUUUUGGUUCUAUUGCUACUUCUACUACGACAACAACUGCUACUACUCUGUAUCCACAUUUGUCAUUCAACACUCGCAAAUUACAAGAAAGUCAGAGUCGCGUUGUUGUCAGUGAUAUGCGUGAAAAAUCCAUUACUGGAAGAAGUAGGAAAACAGCUCGAACAUCAUUUCGAUCUUCAGGUUCUACUACUGUUCAAGGUCCUACUCUCACUAGUUUGUUACAUUUACGUUAUCAACAUCAACAGCCGAAUCAACAACAAGGUCAAUUUCAGUCGAUCUCUGGACUUUUAGGCGGAGGUAAAAUUAAUCCUAAUGAACAUGUUUCAUUAAGACCUACGGUUAUUAGUAAAACUAAGCCAGUGACUUCUGCAACAGAUGUUUUCAAUUGUAAAAUAUCAUCGCCAUCAUCAACGGUUUUUGAAUCACAAGAAAAAGUUGAUAUUUUGAAUUCUGUAAAUCCUCAACUAGUCUAUUCCCCAUCCUUGAUAACACCAAACAUACCAUGCACGUAUGUUGGCUUGUCGUCGAAUUAUCCUACUUCGUCAACUACUUUCAGCUCAAGACUUCCUAAUCAGGUGUUAGAUUAUUGUGUUGAAAACUCGUUAGAUACAUUUUAUGUCCCUAAUUCUCUACAGACUUGUUCAAAUACAGUACCCUCAUCUAUCUCAUCAUAUUCUUUACAUUCCAAUUCUAGACUUAAUAAUUAUGUUAUACAACGUAAUGUACAACUUAACCAACCACAGGCUAGAACUUUAUUUGCAAAUUCAAUUAGUUCUCAAACGAAUGAAUCUAGUCCUAAUUUAAUACUAUCUUCUUCUUCAUCCUCUUCGUCAACACCCACUUUACCAAGUAAUCGUUAUUUUGUCAUUCGACCAAGUGCAAUUGCACAAACACCUAAUUUAGUGGUUUGUGCUAAACGCAGGGAUACAUAUUCCACAUCUAAUAUAAAUAGAUCUUCUGAAGAUGUAUGA